ACUCAAAUUUGCGGACCGCCCAGAUUUCUGUCCUCGCCCAUAAAACCCUGAACACACUCCUAUCCUUCAAAUUUGGGAGCUCCAAGAUUGCAGCCUCUUGACACUGUCGUAAGCGACCCAAGACUGACAGGUAUCUCCUCCAUCUCCUCCACCUCUGAGGCAGACUCUAUCCUGUUACCAUGGCAGCGAUCGGCUCACGGGGUACAGUGACCGAGGCGUCGGGGUUCAACGCAGAGCAGGAUGCCCAGAACCUGAGAGCCGCCAUGAAGGGCGCAGGUACUGAUGAAGAAGCCAUCAUCAAAGUUCUGGCCAAACGAACAAUCGCCCAGAGGCAGCUCAUCAAGCAGGCAUUCAAGGCAUCAGUGGGAAAGGUAAAGAUCCUGUACUCCAGAAGUGACCAGAGAUUCAUGAGAUUGUGUUGUGCAGAGUACGGGGAGACUCUGGAAGAUGCUGUCUGCUCCGACACGUCUGGAAUGUUCAAGAGGGUCCUGGUGUCUCUGCUCACGGCUGGACGUGAUGAGAGCAGUAAUGUGGACAUGGCACAGGCUGUGCAGGAUGCCAAGGACAUCUACGAGGCAGGGGAAGCGCGCUGGGGUACUGACGAAGUGAAGUUCCUGACAGUGCUGUGUGUCCGGAACAAGCCUCACCUGCUGCAAGCAUUGUGUUUUGUAGUGAAAUGCAUCAGGAACAAGCCAGCUUUCUUCGCCGAGCGUCUGUACAAAUCCAUGAAGGGUCUGGGCACCACGGAUAGCAUCCUGAUCCGAGUGAUGGUGUCCCGUGCCGAGAUCGACAUGCUGGACAUCAAGUCCGAGUUCCGCAAGAUGUAUGGCAAGACUCUCUACUCCUUCAUCAAGGGCGACGCCUCAGGAGAUUACCGUAAAAUCUUACUGGAGCUUUGUGGUGGGGACAACUAAGGGACCAAGCCAAGAGGAGCUGCGAUCCGCUCACGCAUACCCCAGCAUUCCACACCGGCACUGGCUGUUUAGCCACAGUGCCCUCCAGUGGUGCGAGGCUGUACUGCAUCUUGCGUCUUGCUUGUAUUAUUAAAAAUAACUGGAAGGAAAAACAUGUUUUGCUACAUGCACAUUUUGCAAUAAAUCUUACAGAAAAUCUG